CCAAAAAAUGAAAUUAAAAAAAAAAAAAAAAAAUGUCGUGAAUCUGGUAACUAAAAAUCAGUCGAUCGCAGAAUCUUGUGCUUUAUUCUGAUGACAUGGAAAAUUGAGAUUGUGAAGGUCACUGAGUCUCACACUUCUUCUAUCAACCCUUUAAUUUCACUCCUCUUGUUCCGCCUCCCUUUACUCUGCGCCCUUCUCGCUCUCCGUGCGCCGGUGGCGCUUCCUCCUAUCCUCCGCCCACCUUCAACCCUAAUUUCCUCCGCCGUCGCUUUUUCUCCGAUGUCGAAAGCUCGAGUUUACACCGACGUUAAUGUUGUCCGACCUCGCGAGUACUGGGAUUAUGAAUCUCUUACCGUUCAAUGGGGUGAUCAAGAUGAUUAUGAAGUUGUACGCAAGAUUGGAAGGGGAAAGUACAGUGAAGUUUUUGAAGGAAUAAAUGUCAAUAGUAAUGAGAGAUGUGUUAUCAAGAUCCUGAAACCUGUGAAGAAGAAAAAGAUUAAAAGAGAAAUAAAGAUUCUUCAGAACCUGUGUGGGGGACCAAACGUUAUUAAACUGCUUGAUAUUGUUAGAGAUCAGCAUUCCAAAACACCAAGCUUAGUUUUCGAGUAUGUCAACAGUACAGAUUUCAAAGUUUUAUAUCCAACGCUUUCUGAUUAUGACAUACGUUAUUACAUCUACGAGCUUCUGAAGGCCUUGGAUUUCUCCCAUUCGCAAGGAAUUAUGCACCGAGAUGUCAAGCCUCACAAUGUCAUGAUAGAUCAUGAAUUGAGGAAACUCCGUUUAAUAGAUUGGGGUCUGGCCGAAUUCUACCAUCCUGGCAAGGAGUAUAAUGUUCGUGUGGCUUCAAGAUACUUCAAGGGGCCAGAACUUCUUGUCGAUUUACAAGACUAUGACUAUUCUUUGGACAUGUGGAGCCUUGGUUGUAUGUUUGCUGGGAUGAUAUUCCGGAAAGAGCCAUUCUUUUAUGGUCAUGACAACCAUGAUCAGCUUGUAAAAAUUGCAAAGGUGCUUGGAACUGAUGAAUUGAAUGCAUAUUUGAACAAAUAUAAUCUGGAGCUUGAUCCUCAACUUGAUGCUCUUGUUGGGAGGCACAGCAGGAAACCAUGGUCAAGGUUUGUCAAUCCAGAUAAUCAGCAUUUGGUUUCCCCAGAGGCUAUCGACUUUCUUGAUAAGCUUCUUCGCUAUGACCACCAAGAUAGGCUAACUGCAAAAGAAGCAAUGGCACAUCCAUAUUUCUCACAAGUCAGAGCUGCAGAAAGUAGCAGAAUGCGGACACAAUAGCUCAUCACUCUUUUACAUAUAUGAGGAGGAUAAUCUCCGUCGUUAGUUAUUGCAUGUUGAUUAUGAUCCCAUCAAAAAACAUUGCAACUACUUGCAGCGUUGGGUAGACAGCCGUGGUUGCACAGGGUGUAUUUUAUGUAAAACACAUCAUUACUCAUCUUUAUAAAACUGCAAAUCUGUAAUGCUGAAACUUACUGUGAUUGUCAAUUGAUAUUUCAUUGUUGGAGUCCUUGUGUAUCUCUAGUACUAGUUCAUCAUUGAAAAUAGUUUUAUAAGCCUUACUACUA